CCCAGGAUCAAGUGAAUAAAGUGGCAAAACAUAAAACGUUCGUGAAAUUUGCUAAAAUCUAUGCGUUUAAGCGCAUGCAAAGUCCAAUGUAUUGAAAUAAUUUGUUCUUAGUUUUCAAUUGGUCGUUCAAAUUUUUUAAAAAAGUUGAUUGUUCGUCUAAAAGAUAAUCUUGACUUAUUUGAAAGGAAAGUAGAGGUUAUCCGACUUUCAGUAUAUUCAUCUUUGGACAGUGAUCAUUUGAGAAAUGGCUGGUGCAAUGCUGUUCGAACGGGCACAAGCAGUCUCGAUGACAAAUCGUAGCGAGGGUAUUUCGCUUUUAAAUGAAAUCGUUUCCGAUCCGAGUAUCGGUGUUACCGAAGACGAUGAAGAUAAUAUUCGUGUGAAGGAACAAGGUAUUUUACAUCUUGGCGAACUCUAUAAAAAAGAAGGCAAAGCUAAAGAAUUAGCGGAAUUGAUUAAAGCCACUAGACCAUUUCUAAGUUUGAUCAGUAAAGCAAAAGCUGCUAAGCUUGUGCGAUCGCUAGUAGACUUCUUCUUGGAUCUGGAAGCUGGUAUCGGCAUCGAGGUUCAAUUAUGCAAAGAAUGUAUAGAGUGGGCGAAAGAAGAACAUAGAACAUUUUUGAGGCAGUCGUUAGAAGCGCGUUUAAUAGCGUUAUAUUUCGAUACUGGUAUGUACAGCGAAGCUUUGCAGCUAGGUUCGGCAUUGCUGAAAGAACUUAAGAAGCUGGAUGAUAAGCAGCUUUUAGUGGAAGUUCAAUUAUUGGAGAGUAAAACAUACCACGCGUUAAGUAAUUUAGCCAAAGCGAGGGCAGCUCUUACCAGUGCUAGAACAACUGCUAAUGCAAUUUACUGUCCUCCUAAAAUGCAAGCUGCUUUAGAUUUACAAUCUGGCAUUUUACAUGCUGCCGAUGAACGAGAUUUUAAAACAGCAUAUUCUUAUUUUUACGAGGCAUUUGAAGGGUACGACAGCGUUGAAAGUCCAAAAGCAUUAACAGCUUUAAAAUAUAUGUUACUGUCGAAAAUUAUGUUGCGCACACCGGAAGAUGUUCAAUCUAUUAUGUCUGGAAAAUUGGCUGUUAAAUACGCUGGGCGAGAUUUGGAUGCGAUGCGUGCGGUUGCCGAAGCGAGUCAUCGCCGUUCUCUGGCAGACUUUCAGGCAGCCGUAAAAAAAUAUCGCGAAGAAUUAGAAGACGAUGUAAUUGUGCGUGCUCAUCUUGGCUCUCUUUACGAUGCGAUGCUCGAACAGAACUUGUGUCGCUUGGUAGAACCUUAUUCGCGUGUACAGGUCGGCCAUAUCGCAGCCUGUAUAUCAUUACCACUCGCGCAGGUUGAGAAAAAACUUUCGCAAAUGAUACUGGACAAAAAACUUAGAGGUGUGCUCGAUCAAGGAGAAGGCGUUUUAAUCGUCUUUGAAGAUACCCCGCGCGAUAAAACUUACGAAAUUGCAUUAGAUACAAUACACAGUAUGGGGAAGGUCGUCGAUACACUUUACCAAAAAGCAAAAAAACUCACUUAGCCUUAUUUAAUAUAUAUUUUUACCAGUAAAGUUUGUUAUAAUUAUUAUUACCAUUAACAAUCAUUUGGUGUCGUUUGGUGUCGUUAAAAAUCAAAUUAAAUUUCAUUCGAUGUUCAUUAUGUAAUAUAAAACUUGUUUCUGCCUCACA